AUGCUCCUCCCCUCCGCCCUCCCAUGCGACGUGCGCCGGUCGUCUCGCUUCACCCCCAGCCGCCUCUUCUCAACACCACCCCCAUCCGACACAUACCCAUCCGGAAACGGUCUCCUCAGAACCUGUCGCGCCCUCCAAUCCCUCCUAAACAGAUCAUCACCAGCGCCCUCCACGCGCCGCUCAAAACCCCAACAACGCCUCCAAAGCCCCCUUCCCCUAACCGCUCCGCGCCGCUCGCCACGCACCCAAAACCAAAAAACCAUCCGUCCCGUCUCUCCCAGACAAACACCCCCACCCCAAACAGCACCUCACACUCCACCACCACCACCAUCCGCGCCCGCGCGCGGCGCCAACAAACGCCGCCGCGACGACGAUGAAGACGAGACGAGCCCGCGCAACCGCUUCGCGACUCCCAAGCGCACCCGCCACGUCCCAUACAAUAUGCCCCUGGGUCUUUCCUCUACAGAUUUCUACUCUCUGCACUCUCCGCCUGUCACGCAAUCACCACCUUCCGCGCGCCGCCGUGUCGAUAUGGGCUAUAAUAGCUUCCAGCGCAUCGAUCCGGACACGCCUGUGCCCUCUAUCGAGGUGACGGAGUGUGCGUCUGCUUUAGAACAGGAUGUCUGGUCCCCACAGGAAGACCAAGAUCUCAUCGAGCUGGUUCUCGAGAGAUGUCGUCUUUCACAGGCUGAAUGGGAUGAGUGUGCGCGCCUGAUGGGUCGGAGAGAUGUCGGAGACAGGUGGCGGGUUCUUGUUGGUGAGGGGUUGCGGCCGCGUCGUUGA